CCUGCCAGACCUCGGUGUCAAGUAAUUCGAUAUUUCAUCUCAGUCUUUACACAUCAAAUAGAAGCUUUCAAACCGAUGUGGUUGCUUCAAGGACAAUGCACUCACGUGUUUCAUGGUCCACAUCCACUAGUGACCUCCACAAAGCGUCCCUGUACGAACGCCACAAACGGCUGUCUACCGCAAAGCACAGUGGAAUGACCACAGUCGGGAAUCGUUUAUAUACCUCCCCCAAUCCCUCCCCGGUGCCAUCACCCCGAGUUGAAACAUACAUUCACCUCAGACAGAAUCAAGUAGCAGCACCAUUCAUAUUCUUCUAUAAUCAAUCAUGUCUAAGAUCUACACUUGCUCUGCUCAUCCUGGCUGCAACGCAACUUUUACCAGGUUCAUCGACUUCAAGAGACACGAGGCCGCAUAUUCAUUAGGUGGGUAUAUCUGCACCUGGCCCGGCUGCGACUUUGCGACUAAGAGGAAAUUUAACUAUGAAAUCCAUUCUGCUAAGCAUACGGGCGAGCAACGCUACAUCUGUCCUCACGAUGAUUGUAACUACAAGACCCACGACCCCGCCGGCUUCACGCGCCACCGCCAGAAACAACAUGGGUAUGUUGCUCUGCCGCGCGGUCGUGGUGCCCCCUCCACAAAAGGGUCAGGCAGGAUUAAACUGUCAUCCCAGUCCCCGGCACAGCCCCAGCCCUCGGCAGAGUCUCUUCCCCCUGCUACAUUUCCCCAAUACCAACUCCAACUCCAACCCAUGCAACUGCAGCCCAUGCCACCGCAGCCCAUGCCACCGCAACCCAUGCAACUGCAACCCAUGCAACUGCAGCCCGUGCCACCGCAGCCCAUGCUGCCGCAACCCAUGCAACUGCAACCCAUGCCACCGCAGCCCAUUCAACUGCAGCUCAUGCAAUCGCAACCCAUUCAAUCGCAACCCAUGCCACCCCGGUCCAUGCAACCUCUUCCCACUGAACAUAAACUCCAAUCCACUCAAGACCGAACCCCUCCACCUGUCUACGACUCAUCAUUGGGAGUCUUAUACGGCUCAACAGAUACCGCGGACGACUACACCAUGUAUACUCCACCCGCGAGGACCUCCAACGGGUGGACUGAGGGAUGCAUGUGUCCUGAAUUGAUGCAGAUAUACCCUUCGGAGAUGCUAGGGUAUGAGUAUUAGCGUCAUUAGUUUUCAUGAUCUUUAGACGUCACAAUCAUUUGUGAUCUUUUCAUUCCUUUCGUUCGUUUAUGUAUGGCCUCGGAUUCUGCUUGUUUGUAUGACUCACUUAUCACUUCUUUGUGUCAAAGCAAUACAUUAUUU